AUGGUUUACUGGACUUCUACUAUCGUAGCAAUCCUUGUCUUCUCUGGCCAUGGAGCUUGCAACGUUGCUGCCUCGUACAAGGGACCAUCUACCAAAGGGUGUGCGAGAGCUUGCACCGAUCUGAGCAAGUCGCUGCCAGGCAAAGUAACAACAGCUGCAAACGCCGCAGCAUUCCAACAGAUCCAGUCUGGCUACUAUUCGACGUUCAACUCCGACCUUGCACCGGCGUGCUUCGUUCUGCCUACUACUGCCCAAGAUGUUGCUGCCGUGGUGAAGGCAGCGAAGAAAGCCCAAUGUCCGUUUGCUGUCAAGGGUGGUGGACAUACAUUCUUCGCUGGAGCAAACAGCAUUCAAGAUGGUAUUUCUAUCGACCUACAACAGCUUAAUCAAGUCACGGUGAACAAAGAUGGCUCAGCGAGCAUCGGGCCCGGAAACCGAUGGGGACGAGUCUACGAGACACUUGAUCCUCUUGGCCUGACUGUCAUGGGUGGACGCGUCUCGACGGUUGGCGUCGGAGGCUUGCUUGUUAGUGGAGGUCUCAGCUUCUUGCACCCUUCUCAAGGACUGGGUGUUGACAACAUCCGCAACUACCAGCUUGUUAAUGCUGACGGAAAGGUGUUGGAGGUCAACCAAAAGAACAAUCCAGACUUAUUCUGGGCGCUGCGAGGAGGAGGCAAUAACUUUGGCAUCGUGACACGCUUCGAUGUUAACACGGUCAAACACCAGAGCUUUUGGGGUGGAGGUAUCAAUUACAACAUUUCCGAGCUGGAGCCUUUGAUGAAGGCAUACAACAGGCUCGCACAACCAGAAACGCAAGACCCCAAAGCCACUACCUGGUUUGCUCCGGUCUACUAUCCCAAGACAGAUUUCUGGCUCAUCAACACCGAGCCUGUCUACGCCGACCCUGUUUCCACAACUCCAGAGAUCUUCACGCCUUUCAUGGAAAGCCCCAACCAACUAUCCAACUCGAUCCGCAUCGCCAACAUCUCCUCUCUCGCUCAAGACACCACCCCGACACCGGGCAAUACUGUCGCUGAAUGGGACAUCACCAUGAAAAUGAACACCGAAGUGGUCCACUACAUGCAUCAACGCAUCAACGACGGAGCAAUGAACCACCCUGCCAUCGACCUCAUUGCUUUCCCCGUUCAGAUAUUGGGUAAGACUACCCUGUCUCACACCAAGAAUCGCGGCGGCAACGCUCUCGGCCUAUCUGAGUCAGAUGGUCCGCUUCUCAUUGUCCAGCUCGGCCUCAGCUGGCCCGCUGGGGCUUCGGAGGCAGACGAUGAAGCGAUCUAUGCUCUUGGCGACGCGCUCAUGAGGGACGUGAAGCAAUGGAGUGUGAAGAAGGGGUUGGAGCAUCGAUACAUCUAUAUGAAUUACGCUGGGAGGAGCCAGAAUGUCUUUGAGGGAUAUGGAGCGAAGAAUCAUGCGAGGUUGAGACAGGUUGCGAAGAAGUAUGACCCGGAAGGUGUAUUUCAGAAGUUGGUGCCGGGUGGGAAGAAGGUGUUUUGA